AUUCAGCUAAUAAAGUAGAUUUCAGUCAACGAUCCUUCCAGCCGUAGUUAUUAACAAUUGCUUAAGGAACAUAAUAAUUUGAACUGCUAAUCCAUCAAAAGAACACGAGGGAUCAAGGCCUCCCAUUUGCUGUCCGUCUGCGUACUAAUUUCUCGAAUCCUCCUCCGCGAAGAAGAAGAAGAGAAGAAGAAGAAGAGGACGGUUGAGUUGAGGAAUAGCUAUGUGGAAGAAGAGUUACUUAGCGAUGAUGAUCGACGGAGGAAGCAGCAGCUUCGGCAGCGAAUUAAUCGCUUCCGAUUUCAAAGAGCUGACUGCGGCGGCAAAGAAGCUCGCCAUUCAUGUUGGCAUCGUCGCUGGUUUCGGAACCUCUUUCCUCGAGUGUCUCUCUGCUAUUGCUGCCAUCUAUCUGCUCGUAUUGGAUCGAACGAAUUGGAAGACAAACAUUCUCACUGGGCUACUCAUUCCUUACAUCUUCUUCACCCUCCCUUCCUUCCUCUUCAGCUUCAUACGAGGCGAGUUUGGGAAAUGGGUUGCAAUCAUGACACUUCUACUCCGCCUUCUCUUCCCCAGCCGAUUCCCAGAUUGGCUUGACAUGUCGGGUUCUCUGGUUCUGCUAAUUGUGGUGGCGCCUAGUUUCUUCGCUUCAACACUGAGGGACAACUGGAUUGGAAUGGCGAUAUGUAUGCUCAUUGCUUGCUACCUGCUGCAAGAACACAUUAGAGCAUCUGGUGGGUUCAGAAACUCAUUCACCAAGGCCAAUGGUAUUUCCAACACCGUCGGGAUAAUCCUCCUCUUCUUUUAUCCUGCCUGGGCUUUGUGAUGCCUGUAUGCCUACAAGCAAUUGCCAUAUUUAUCGCGUAGUUUCCAUUAAUCGAUUAGAGUUAGAUAAACUCUUAAAAUUUCAUUAGACCGUUAUUACGCGAAGCAUAAACCUAAAAUUAAUAGUUCUUCUUUGUAGCUGAUAAGCCCACGAAUCAAUGAACUCAGCCCAACUGACGUUCAGCUUGUGAGCCCCAGUCCUAUUCGCGCUAACGGGAUUUCGUGUAGCCCAACCAUUGUCCAAGCUGACCGUUGCCAGGAUAGGAGUAGUCUUUGGGUUUUGUUUUAGGUUGAAAGGGUAUUCCCUACUGAUUAGGAGUAGUAGUUGCUGGUUGUUUUGGUUGGAAUAAAGUCCCUCCACCUUA